CGCACACACUUUAUUCAUUCGCAAUGGCCCGCACCAAGCAAACUGCCCGCAAGUCCACCGGUGGCAAGGCCCCCCGUAAGCAACUCGCUGCCAAGUCCUCUGCACGAAAGACCGCUGCUGCCGCAGCUGGUGGUGUCAAGAAGCCUCAUCGUUUCAGGCCCGGAACUGUCGCCCUCCGUGAAAUCAGGCGUUACCAAAAGUCCACUGAGCUCCUCAUCCGCAAACUCCCCUUCCAACGACUCGUCCGUGAAAUAGCCCAGGACUUCAAGACUGACCUCCGUUUCCAAUCCUCUGCCGUCAUGGCCCUUCAGGAAGCCGCCGAGGCAUACCUCGUCUCCCUCUUUGAGGACACCAACUUGGCUGCCAUCCACGCUAAGCGUGUGACCAUCCAACCCAAGGAUCUCGCUCUCGCCAGGCGGUUACGCGGCGAGCGAUCAUAGAUUCUUUUUGCAUGGACUCGCUUUUCGUUUCUCUCUCAAAUUGCUUUCCUUUGUACCAUCAGCUUUCGGGAUCUCGUUUUAUCAUUAGUUUUUUGUUACUGUAUUUCUAUAGUCUAUGUUACACCUACACAUUACAUAGCGGAAUUGUGUAUGCAUUCCUAGCCUAUGCUACAUGAAUCUAUGCGGCUUAACACCAAA